AUGGCAUCGUUGGAAAUUGAUCCAGGUUACAUUAAAUGUCUUCGACUUAUGCACUCGAAAUCAAAAGAAUCUGAAGAACAGUUACGCCAAAUGUUAGAGGACUUAAUAAGGCAACGGAAUGGAAAUACGAAAAGCAUUGCUUCCCUUCAGAAAAGGGAGGUUAGUACAAGCAAGAAGGAAAAACAUUCAUCUGGAUCGAAUGGAAGAAAGGAUGAAUUGAAGAGGGAAUCAGAGAAACAUACUUUUGAAGAAUCAGCAGGCAGUAGUAGAGAAACUUCUAAGAAGAGCAAAACCGAACUUCCCAAAACCAGCCACCUAAAAUCAAGCUCUUCUACUCCCACAUCACCUCUGUCUCCUGCUAAAUCCUUUUUGUCUGAUGUGGAUGUUAAAGAGGAAGUAAAGGAAGAUGAUGACCAUGAUGAUCUUGCCCUUGAAAUUUUGGAAGAAGAUUUGACAUGUGUCGUAUGUCAUGGAAUGGACGUUGGUGUUCGUAAUCAGUUAGUUGAAUGCUUAGAAUGUCAUUCCCUCUAUCAUCAAGAAUGUCAUAAUCCUCCGGUACCGGAUGACAUGAAUGAUCCUCGAUCAGCUUGGUAUUGUGCAAGUUGCACUAAAGUAUUAAAGAAGAUACCUUCAAGUUCACGAUCUUCACCCAAACCCAAUAAUACAACUCCAAGCAAAAGUGAAAAGGAUGUGGUACCAGCUCCUGCGAAAGUCACCAAACCUGAACCCUCACAGUCACAAAGUCCUUUCAAACGAACAGAAAAGAUAUUGCCUCGGCAAUCAAAGCCUUCAUCUCAGCAAUAUUCUCGUUCACAACCCCAAAAUAAGCAACAUCAACUUCAGAAACUCCGUAAAAUGUUAUCACCAAGAUCACCAUCUGUAGGAAAUGACAAAAACUAG